AUGGCCGGCCAGGCAGCCAACGAGCUGCUGUCGACCCAAAAGGCGUCCGAAUCGGGCCUGCAGCUGGCGCUGCACCCUCUACCCAUCCUCGAAAUUUCCGACCUCAUCGUGCGGGGGUACCAGCGUGGGCUCAAGGGGGCCGUUGUCGGUGCGCUGCUGGGCCAGCAAAAUGGCCGGGCGGUGACCAUCGAGCACAGCUUCACCUGCAAAUCGGCCAAGAAUGCAGACGGCUUCUACGAGCUCGACCAAGAGUGGUUCAGGAAGCGGUUAGAACAGAUGAAACUUGUCCACCGGAAACCUGCACUUGACCUCGUCGGCUGGUACUCGCUGGUGCCCAAGACAGGCCCGACCGCCCAACACCUACCCAUCCACCGCCAGAUCAGUACCUACAACGAAUCCGCCGUCUUGCUCGGUGUUCACAUCGAGGAUAUGCUGGCUCCGUCAACCGGAGACCCCCUGCCAAUUACGAUAUACGAGAGCAACAUGGAGGCGGACGACAGCAGGGAAGCAGAGGGCGAGGACAAGGAGAUGAAGGACGCCGAGUCAGCCACCAAGAUGGUUCUCCGCUUCCGCAAGCUGCCCUACACGACAGAAACCGGCGAGGCCGAGAUGAUCGCCAUGCAGUUUAUCCGCGAGGGCGGUGCCAGCGCCUCAGUGGAUAGCACCGAAAAGCACAUCCUAGAGCAGUUCGACAAGAAGAUCGCGGUCAACGACGGUAAAGGCAAAAGGAGGGCCGUUGCCUACGAGGAGAGCAGCAAAUCCAGAAAGGACACGUCCGCCCAAUUCGCAGAACAAACAGCCGCCGCAAACCCGGACGCCAACCUCACCCGCGCCGAGGCCGAGUACAUGUCAGCUCUACAAGCAAAGUACAACGCAACCAAAAUCUUGAAAUCCCGCCUUGGACUCAUCAUCACCUACCUGCAACAGCUGCCACCGGACUUCACCUCAGGCAAGCAAACCACCUCGGAAGCAGCUGCUGUGGCCGCUGCCUCCAACAAAACAUACACCACCCCUUCCAACACCAUCCUCCGCCAUAUCCAAGCGAUUGUCACUAACGCCGACCUGGUCGCUCCCGCCGAGCAGGCCGCCCUGGAGCGCGAGAUUCAACGCGAGACAAAUGACGUCAACGUCAUCUCCAUGGUCUCGGCCCUCAUGUCGAGCGUCAACGAGGCCCGCGAAGCGGGCAAGAAGUUCCUCGUCGUUGACUCCCAGCGCCAGGCGCGCCAGGGCCGCGCGGGCGGCGGGCCCAGUGCCGCACAGUAUGAGCAGCUGCUCGCAGGGCAGAUCGGCCACGGCGGCGAUGAGGCGACUGGUGGGUUGGGAAUGAGUGGAGUUGAUGCUGCGGCUGCCGCCCCCGCAGGGUAUUAG